AUUUAACCAAUGAAAACAAUUGUGGGAUUUUUUUAUUCUGACCGCAUUGCAACAAAGUUUACCGUGGUGCAAGUGAAGCUUUUUUUUGUGUUAUUCUUUAUCCGAUUUCGCGGUUUAAUACAACAUGUAAAGGAUGUGAAAGGGCACCAUUUAGAAACAUUUUUUCGACUCUUGUGUAAUACGCCUAAGGAGCGAAGUACAAACGUUUCCCUGUUUUUUUCCUUGUUUAUGGCAUGGUAGACAAACCCAUCGUUCUGGAAAGCGAUCGAUGACUGGCUCUCGAACUAAAGUUGAUAGUAGUCGCCUAACACACCCAUAGGUGGCUGCUUGCUUUCGAAUUUGUUUGCCUUGUAUGCGUAGUUAGUGAGACGACGUAUUUGUAGAAGCACAUUCAGGCCAGCAGCUUGGUAGGCUACAUGCUUUUUUCAAGUGUGCCACGGUGGUUUUAAUGCAGAGUUGCUGUAUUCAGUUACCUAUCUACGGGCCAGCGUUGUUGGUGGUCCAUUUGUAGGUCCAGUUUUUUGCUGGGGUAGCGACAGAGGAAAACAGGACAUCCCUGAAGUUCCAGUUAGCUGUAGCUGUAAACCACGGCGGCAGUGGUCGGUGAAAUUGUGUCUGUGUAACUUAGCCUGUAGCACCAAUACCAGGGAAUAGCCUACAUCGAAGGCUAACUUUACCACCAGUGCCAUUGCAGCAGUCCUAUGGUUAUCAUUCAAGAAUGAAUGUCGGGAAAAGUGGCUAUCGUGUCUUCUCUGCCAACUCCACCACAGCAUGCAUAGAGCUCUCCAAGAAGAUCACAGAGCGUCUUGGUGUUGACUUGGGAAAGUCUGUGGUCUAUCAGGCUUCUAACAAAGAAACCAGAGUAGACGUGAAGGAGUCUGUUCGUGGGCAGGACAUCUUCAUCAUCCAGACCAUACCCAGAGAUGUGAACACCGCCAUCAUGGAGCUGCUGAUCAUGGCCUACGCCCUGAAGACGUCAUGUGCGAAGAACAUCAUCGGGGUCAUCCCCUACUUCCCCUACAGCAAGCAGUGUAAGAUGAGGAAGAGGGGCUCUAUCGUCUGCAAACUGCUGGCCUCCAUGUUGGCCAAAGCAGGUUUAACUCACAUCAUCACCAUGGAUCUGCACCAGAAGGAGAUCCAGGGCUUCUUCGGUUUCCCCGUGGACAACCUGCGGGCUUCUCCCUUCCUGAUUCAGUACAUCCAAGACGAGAUCCCAGAUUACAGAAAUGCUAUUAUUGUCGCCAAAUCCCCAUCGGCUGCAAAGAGAGCCCAGUCCUACUCCGAGAGGCUGCGUCUGGGUCUAGCGGUGAUCCACGGCGAGGCACAGUGCUCCGAGUCUGACAUGGCCGACGGGCGCCAGUCUCCCCCCCUGGUGCGCUCCUCCAGCGGCCACCCCGGCCUGGACCUCCCCUUGAUGAUGGCGAAGGAGAAGCCGCCCAUGACCGUGGUGGGAGACGUUGGUGGAAGAAUCGCCAUCAUUAUCGACGACAUCAUAGACGACGUGGAGAGCUUCGUGGCGGUGGCUGAGCUUCUGAAGGAGAGGGGCGCCUAUAAGAUCUACAUCAUGGCCACGCACGGCCUGCUGUCGGCCGACGCCCCGAGGCUCAUAGAGGAGUCUGCCAUUGAUGAGGUCGUGGUCACUAACACGGUCCCUCACGAGGUGCAGAAGCUGCAGUGUCCAAAGAUCAAGACGGUGGACGUGAGCAUGAUCCUGGCCGAGGCCAUCCGCCGCACCCACAACGGCGAGUCCAUGGCCUACUUGUUCCGGAACAUCACCACGGAUGACUAAGCCUGGCCACGCUCGCUGAGACUGGGAGGCAGGAGACCUGGAGAGAAGGAGGGACCAAGUGGCUGCCUGUUACCCGUCGUAACACACACACACACACACACACACACACACACACACACA